CGCAGCAGCAAAGGGCAACAGCAGCAGCUGCAGCAGCAGCAGCAGCAGCAGCUGCAGCGCAACGCCGACUCCGCCUCGGAGACGCUCGCGCUCCAGGAGGCCGUCGUCGGAGACCGCGACGACCAACUCGCUGUCUACGGAUCCAAGACAGAGUCCAGACCCCGCAUCGUCGAGCAGCAGCAGCAGGUGGAGCUGACAGCAGCGGCGCCCUCGUCUCGCCCAAGACCGGCGGUCCCGCCCGGCGACGUCGGAGCUCGGAGCGAAGCCGCUGCAGCAGCAGCAGCAGCAGCAGCAGCAGCAGCAGCAGCGGCUGCUGCUGCUGGUCGUGGUAGUAGUAGUGGGGUCGCGGGCUUGGCGGCGAAUCUGCACGGGAAAGCCGAGCAGCGCGAGGCCGAGGCGCUGCAGACAGCGGCUGCGGGCGGGAGCGCCGCAGCAGCCAGCGGCGGCGCCCGUGCAGAAAGCGGAAAGCUGCUGGAAUUAACCGCCAUUCUUCGCGAUCUCGGGGAAUUUCAGCAUUUCGCACUCGAAAGAAUUCCAAUUCCCCUAUUUGUAGUCAAGAACGCGCCUGUUUCCCGACGCACUCCAGAAACCUGA